UAAUUUGUAAAAUCUGAAUGUAGUAAUACACAACUUUUAUAUUGUUAUCAGCUAUUAAGAUUUCAGAGAAUGGAGGCAGAUUCUACCACGUUUGAAAAUACUACAAAAAAUAAUCAAGAUGAAGAUUUUCUACCUUUUACAGUAUGCCCAGGCAAUUUCAAAGUCUACAAAGAGUUCACAGGCAACAGUGGUGAAAAAAAUUUAGAAACUCAAAUAGUACAAAAACUGCAGAAUAUAGGUCUUCUUCCAAGAACCAUUCAAUGUCCUACAGCUUUACCUGACUGCAAAGUUGUAUCUAAAGCUGCAAGAGUGAUAGACAGGGUGCAGUGGGUGUGUCAAGGUUGUGGAAAGAGGCAGCCGAUACGAUCUGGUUCGUUCUUCAUGAAACUUCAAUGCUCCAUCCUGCAGUCAUUGCAAAUGAUUUUGGCGUGGUGUGAGGAUGCUGAUUGUGAUAUUGCAGCUGAAUACUUCAAGGUAAAGCCAAAAGUAGCAAGUCAAAUAUACGACAGAUUAGAUGAGUUAGCUGUGCUAGAACAGAGCAAGUACGUCCUGGGUGGAGAGAACUCUGUUGUCUUGGCCGAAAUGUAUCCAGAUUGUUUAAACCGACUGUCACCAGAUACAACUGAUCAGCCUCACGUCCAUCGCAUAUUAAUGCUUGCUGAUACAAAUCAUAUUCCUACUCAUUACCAACUAUACGUUUUAAAAGAUGAUUUGAAGAAGAACUCAGUAAGCUGUACAGACAACCAGUCCUUGACAGCUGAGAUAGAAGCGGCUGUGUCACGCGUGACGUCACCACAGUCGAUCGUGGUGAGUGGUAGCAGUGUACCGCAACUGGCAGGCGCAUCUUCCGUGCAACAGUUACUACAGCAUUGCGACCCAGAUAUGCAGUAUUUCUUAAGCUCACGCAUUUGGCGACAAGCGAUAUCCUUGUGCGCAGCGUCACGUGAUUUUUGCACGAGCCCUGACGUGACGAGUGGAGUCGCGUGCGGAGUUAUAGCUCAACGUUACUUGUACGCCGCCCUCUACCGGCUGAAGCACGAUGACGGCUUCUAUCAUCACUUGCUAACAGUCAUCGCAGAAUACUUUACGGACAAGUAAAUAGAUGUAUGGUAACAGUUAUUGUUACGUUCUAAUACCUAGGUAUGAAAAUCGAUUAUGAAAAUAUCGAUAAUAUUUUCCAAUAAAAAUCGGUUACAUUAACCGAUUUCAAUUGUUACACUUACUAUGUGAAAGAAAGUAAGACCACACUAGUUCAGAUGUUCGUGAUUAAUAUAUCAAGCAAAAACGAUUAUUCUAUCAAAUCGAUAUUUUUUGUAGAAUAUCACCUAUAAAAACCUAGAGAUAUUCCUAUAUUAGCGUAUGUUUAACUAAAAGAGUUAAUUAAUUAUUAAGAUAUUAAUUAAUAAGUAGAAAUAUAUUGUGCCUUAUUUAAAUAAACUGUCUUCCGAUGUGCCUUGAAAAUCGAAAUUUUGUUUUUGUUUAGGAAUAUAUCAUUUUUAUUUUAUUAAAGGUUGAUACAGUUGAAAGAAGUUGAAAUUUAUGACAAAUGACAAAAUAAUACAACAUUAUUUUCUCAUAUAUUACGUAAGUUAUUAUUAUUUGUUUUGUUAAUACAGCACAACUUUGUCUUCCUACGAAACAUGUUGGUAUUAUACUAAUAAAUCUCUUGUAAGUAUGUAACUUGUCUUUAACAUGUUAUGUAUUUAUGUGUACUCAAAAUCGUGUAAAACUUACAAACUAUUGUUAAUUAAGAACAUACUUGUAUUAUGGAUAUACGACCUUCUUAGGGUUAUGUUAUAUCAAUGUAAGUUAUAUAUGCAGAUAUUAUUUUGUUUAGAAUAAUUAAUUAUACCUAAGUAUUACUAGACCCCUUCAAAUAGUCAGAAACUCAAUGAAUUAUCUUUUAUUUCUUAAUUGUUAAUUACCGCCUAUAAACGGUGGAUUUGAUUUUUUAUUAAAUUUGAUAACUUUACAUACAAUUUUACCUUUACAAUACAUCUGUACAAUACAGACGAACCCAUACUAAUGAAAACGUAGAGUUAUUUCUAAUUACUCGGUGUUAAAAAAAUAACUGAAACUAAAAAACAAAUCAUAGUAAAAAUUCCUAAAAUGCUUGGCAGGUGUCUUAAACAAUAUUUAAAAUAUGAU